UCUCUCCACAGCAUCACAUUUAUGAUCACCAGAGAUCAGAUUAAAAAACAAUCCGAGGGAAAAGAGCGCAACAAGGGCUGCUACAUGUCGCAUUAAUUCAAAGCAAAAUGCACGCCUGACUGAAUAGUUGGGAGCAAGUUGAUGAUGCUGCGGGGGUCGGUGUGAGAGGCGUCGCCGCGGAUGGAGCUCGUCGCCUGAGAGAGACCUUGUGCAGGCGGCGGUGACAGCAGCGACAGCAUGGUGGAGCGGUCGGACCGAGCCCCGCUGCUGGACUGGGAGGAGGUGCCGCCCAGCGGAGCCGCCCCGGCGGGGCCCCAGGACCCGGGGCGGCCCAGCCCCCCCGGGGGUCCCGCUCCCAGCCCAGACGGAGCCCCCCCGGCCGCCCAGGAGGCGCUGCCCCCGGCCAUGGGACCCAGGGAGGAGCCGGAGGACAGGAUGGUCCAGUGGGAGGAGAAGGACCAGAUUGUGUCAGUCUUUGUAGUUACAUUCAACACCAGAUCAGGAAACAUGCUGGAGUGGUGUCUGCCCAAAGACAUGGACCUGGAGGGAGUGGAGUUCAAAGCCAUCGCCAGCGGGUCCCACCGAGUCACCACAGACUUCAUCUACUUCCGUAAGGGCUGCUACUUCGGCCUCGCCUGCUUUGCCAACAUGGCAGUGGAGAGCACGGCGGAGAGGGGAGCGAGGAUGAAGUCGGUAGGGAUCCUCUCUCCUUCCUACACCCUGCUGUACCGCUACAUGAGCUUCCUGGAGCACCAGGUCCGGCUCCAGCUUCAGUCCCCGGGGCACUACUCUCCCCUGGAGGCCUUCUACGAGGACAAGAGAGCGCUCCUGCCCUCCAGUGGUGGUGAUGCUGUCACUGCGUUACCGGCCAGUACGUGGGGGGCUGCGAUCAAUCACAGCAUGCAUCCCGAGAUGAAGAUCACACACCCUGCCGGCUGCAUGUCCCAGUUCAUCCGGUUCUUUGGAGAGCACAUCAUGGUACUCUGGAAGCUGGCUCUCCUCCGUCGACGCAUCCUCAUCUUCUCCCCUCCACCCGUGGGCGUGGUCUGCUACAGAGUGUACUGCUGCUGUUGCCUGGCAAACAUCUCCAUCCCCGGGGUGGGGGUGGCCGUGCCCGAGUUCAGGCCCUUCUUCUACGUCAACGUCGCUGACAUCAGCGCCCUGGAGAACGAGCUCUCCUACGUGGCGUGUACUACUGAGAAGAUCUUCGAGGAGAAGAAAGACCUGUACGACGUGUAUGUAGAUAAUCAGAACGUGAAGACCUACCGAGACGGCCUGAAGCCUCUGCUCCGCCUCAGCGCGGCCGACAGGGACAAGUAUCGCAAACUCACUGAGCAGAGGCAGAUGUUGCUGUAUUCCCAGGAAGAGAACGGAGACUGUGCGGCCAGUGAGGAGGAUCUCUUCAUUUUGUUUUUCCUGGAGCAGAACAACCGGAUCUUCCAGACUCUGAGCGAGGUGGCUGCGAGCCCCGACCCCACGGUCACCCAGGAGACCGUGAGGGCCAUGGGUCUGGAUCCGCACGGGGACCGGCUCUUCCUGCUCCACCUGCUGGAGAUCUACGGCUACGACACCCUGCUGGUGUCCGAGCAGCUGUGCUGCAGCUGAGCCACGGCGGGCUGCUGGUUCCCAACUAAAAAAUCAUGAAAAAAAGAAGAAAAUUAUGGACAGAUUUGUCUCAAACCCUUGAGACGGUUCUCUGGACUGAUGUUUUGUCGUGUAUCUCCACAUGCUUCUGUUGUCUGCUGUGGUUUCGCUCCCCCACAACCUGAUGCUCUGAAGAACCAGGUGGUGGGACCUGCUGGACGGAGGCUUACGGAGAUAAUCUCACUCAUGUGGCUUCAUUGUUUCAGCUGCAGCACUUCACUGCUGAGCCGUCCCAACACCGUGAUGGCCUCUGGAUGGCCUCUGCCCACGGGCAACUAAUGGAAACGACCUUCUCUGCCAGCAUAUCAUGCACUGGGAAUUAGUGAGAAAGUAAAGAAAGAAAAAAAAAAGGAAGAAGCAGAGGUGGGUUUCUUGUAAAUACUGCUGAUUUGUCCUCUUCGUGUAUUCGGUGUAUGUGUGAAGUCGGGUCUGAAUAUCUGCCACUGCUGCCCUCUUUGAAUCAAGUGCUGGAUUUAAGACCUCCGCGUCUGAAAACAAUCAGGAGCUGCUGGUGUUUUCAGUGACGGAUCAAACUGCCUUCAUGUCCACGAGCUACGUCUGUAACAUCACUGAUUGGGGGGG